CUCCGUACGGUCAUACACAGCAGAGAAAAAAAACACAAGUUUGCUUGUUUUCUCUCGUACAAGCUUUAUCACUUGAAGCUUGUGUGCUCCGUACUGAAUCUACUGACUGCCAUGGAUUCUUUUCAACAGGAUGAGGGUCUGGACUUCGAAAACGGCGAUGGAUGCGUGGACAAUGAGAUUACGAUCGUCAUACCACAAACACGGCGCACCAUUUCUCCUCCUCCUCCUCCUCCUCCUCCUCGUUCUUCUUCAGUUCUUCCCAAGGAUUCCUAUCGAAAGCUGCUUGAUUCGGGCGGUCGCCUGCCGGUGUUGAGACGAGUCCUGAAUGACCUACAAGUUCUCUCGGGCACAAAACUUGCUUUGCUCUUCCCAGCAAUUCCCUUAGCGAUUAUCGCGAAUUUUUUCGACUUUGGAAGAGCAUGGAUCUUCGUCUUGAGUUUGCUGGGGCUUACCCCACUCGCCGAACGUAUCAGCUUCUUGACCGAGCAAAUUGCAUACUUCACUGGUCCGACAGUUGGAGGGCUUAUGAAUGCAACGUGUGGGAAUGCAACAGAGCUUAUCAUAGCCAUAUUCGCCCUAAGGCAGAACAAAGUACAAGUACUGAAGUACUCGCUCCUGGGUUCGAUCCUCUCCAACCUCCUCCUCGUUCUCGGGACCUCUCUCAUCAGUGGAGGAUUGGCCAACCUCUCCAAGGAUCAAACUUUUGACAGAAAACAAGCUGACAUCAACUUGAUGCUUCUACUGUUGGGACUACUGUGUCAGAUGUUGCCUUCGUUAUUUAGAUAUGGCGGUGGGGGCGGAUCUGAUUAUUGGGCACAUCAAAGCCUUCGAUUCUCAAGAGCCAGUAGCAUGAUUAUGCUUUUAGCAUACGUCGCCUACAUAAUUUUCCAGUUGAAAACGCACAGGCAAUUGUUUGAGUCCCAAGAUCAGGAGGACGAGGGGAAUGAAGGAAAGGCAGCAAUAGGAUUCUGGAGUGCAUUUGGCUGGCUGAUUGUUAUGACGACGAUCAUGGCAUUGUUGUCCGAGUAUGUCGUUGGUACAAUUGAGGCGGCAUCAAGCUCUUGGGGCAUUUCGAUCAGCUUCAUCAGCAUUAUUGUUUUGCCAAUUGUGGGUAACGCUGCAGAACAUGCUGCCUCUGUUAUAUUCGCGCUCAAGAACGAGUUGGACAUUUCCUUGGGUGUAGCUAUAGGAUCGACGACUCAAAUUUCUAUAUUUCUGCAAAAAUUGCAGGUUCCUUUAUGCGUUGAAAUUUCUUGGAUUAUGGGUGGUCAUAUGGACCUAGAUUUUGAUCUCCUCGAAACUGUUUCGAUUGCCUUUGCGAUAAUAAUCACGGCCUUCGCUCUACAGGAUGGAACUUCGCAUUACAUGAAAGGGAAAAUUCAGUUGGCAUCUAAACCAUCCUCAUCUGAAGCACCUUUAGAAGGUUGUGCCCAUUUUGAUGGUGAAAGACCUUCGGACAAGUCAGACGCUGGGCGGACUAGCACGAGGACGAGCUCACAAAAGUCGAGUAAGCUACCUCAGGAAAGAAGUGAUUUAAAGCUGAACAAACCUCGGAUAUCUUUGAUUAUGUAUAGCCUGUAUACUCUGAACUACCAACUCUAUGUAAGUUGCACUUGUUGCCCUGCCAGAGCUAGCAGACGUUUUAUAAAUGUUAUCUCGUUAUCGUUUACUUGUUUCUCUCGACACGCAGUCGAGAGAUGUCCCUCAAAAAUUCAUUCUGGUGUGGCCUCGUGGCAAUGCAAGCCUCUCGCAGGGCCAUAUCAUCCUCUAACCUCUCUGCAGUGAUCAAGAGCAAAAAACAAUUGCACAGAUGGCCGAUUUCAAUAAUUUUCAUCUUUAAAAGCAAGGAGUCGUUAUCUAUUAUGUGCAGGAGGACCAAAUGAGAGCAACCGAUCAAUGGGUUAAUAUGAGUAUCUUGUAUCAUAUUGUCUAAAUCAGGAGCACUA